GCUGUUCUCAUAAUUAUCUUCCGCUUUCCACAAAUUCGGACCGGCAUUGACAAAGGAUUCAUUUUUGAUUUUGAUCUCCAAUUUGACCUAUUAAUUGUUGUGUAUGUAUUCCAAACGAACCUUACUAACCAUCUUAUCGCAGCACAGUAUCCGGGCUUCCAGGCGAUGGUCACAUGACGAGGUACGUGUACGCUUCGCACCAAGUCCAACAGGAUAUCUGCAUUUGGGUGGACUCCGUACAGCAUUAUACAAUUAUUUGUAUUCACGAAAUAAAAAUGGCAAAUUCUUGCUACGCAUAGAGGACACAGAUCAGACGAGACUCGUGCCGGGUGCUACAGAAAGUUUGAUUGAAGAUUUAAUGUGGGCGGGAAUAAAAAUAGACGAAGGUCCAGGAUUUGGUGGUGAACAGGGUCCUUACGUGCAAAGUGAGCGUAAGCAAAUUUAUUUAGAAGCUGUACGCGAACUGCUUGAAAAUGACACCGCCUAUCGUUGCUUUUGCACCGAACGUCGGUUAGAACUUUUGCGUAAGGAAGCAAUUCGAACGAGACAAGUCCCACGCUACGAUAAUAAAUGCCGCUAUCUAACACCACAGCAAAUAGCCGUUUUAUUAGCGAAAAAUACUCCAUAUUGCAUACGAUUUAAGCUGACAGCUCAUGAGGAGCCUCUCCAGGACUUGAUCUACGGGCCGGUAACGCACAACGUCAGUGAAAACGAAGGUGAUCCAGUUAUCAUGAAAAGCGAUAACUUUCCCACAUACCAUUUUGCGAACGUGGUAGAUGACCAUUUGAUGGGUGUAACGCAUGUCUUUCGCGGCGUUGAAUGGCAAAUAUCGACAACGAAGCAUUUACUACUCUAUAAAGCCUUCGGUUGGCAACCACCCCUCUAUGGCCAUCUUCCACUUUUGGUCAACUCUGAUGGUACAAAAUUAAGUAAACGCCAAGGUGACAUUGGCAUCAAAAGUUUUCGGGAUAAAGGCUAUUUUUCGGAGGCACUCGUAAACUACGUUGUUAGCGCAGGUGGCGGAUUCGAACAUAUGCCUGGACAAAAGCCACAAAUAUAUUCUAUGAACGAAUUGGCACAUCGAUUUAACAUCGAGCGCGUGAACUCACAUCCUAGCCGUUUAAAUCCCGACUUGUUGAACGACUUUAAUCGACUGCAUAUACUAAAAUUGCUGCAAAGCAAGGAAAACAGCAAAGACUUGGUAGAACGUGUAAAAGUUUUGGUGCGAGAAGCUUAUCCCAAGGAAAAAAAUCUCGAUUUAGGCAAUCCGCAUAUUGAGAAUGUUUUAAAGUGGGCAUGCAGUCGUUUAACAUUCAUCGAAGACUUGACCGAGGCAAAUUUGAGUUUCCUUUGGGUUCGACCUGUCGAAUUCAAGUUAAAAAAUGUCACAAAUGAUCAAAUGGAAUCUCUGAUAGCGAAUUUAGAAAAUAUAGAAUUCACAAAAGAUAAUCUGAAUCUAAAGUUGAAAGAAUUCGCAGACAAUAAUAAUGUGAAAUUUGCAGUUUUCAUGAAGACUCUUCGUUCAGCUCUAAGUGGUUUAAAGGAAGGCCCCGGUGUUGCAGAAAUGAUGGACAUUCUAGGAAAAGAUUGUGUGUUACAACGUCUCAGGAGCAGCAUUCAUGCGCAAAGUAUGGAAGCAGCGGCAAAUGUAGUGAAAAAAUGAUAACCCUUAAGGGUGUUUUGUUUAUCUGAUAAUAAAGGUUAAUUAUUUUCUAAGUAAAA